AUGGCCAUAUUUGCUGACGAUGCGCCACAUGUGGCCGGGAGUGUCAUCAUGCUUACUGUGGUGGCCUUUGUCACCUAUGCUCUGCGAGUCUAUUGCAGACUGAGCAGGAGCUCGUGGGGCGCAGAAGAUUGGCUUAUGACCUCCGCAGUGAUACCCUUCUGUGUGCUCACGGCAGGCUGCCUUGGGGGCGCGUUCAAUGGGAUUGGUGUUCAUAAUACGCUGUUGAAUGAGCCUGAGAAUAAAAAGUACCAGGCUGAAGGCCAGAAGUACUUCCUCAUUUUCGAAGUUGGAUACGUAGCCGCGAUCAUUCCGAUCAAGUUCAGCAUCAGCUGGAUGCUAAUCCGAGUGGCUGAGGGGCGGAAGUUAUACAUCAAUAUCCAGUACGGUGUGAUUGCAAUGUUUGCGACGAUGAAUUUGGUUGCCUUGGUAUUCAUCCUCAUCAACUGCACCCCGCCUGAGGCUGCAUGGAAACCGGAGCUCCUUGAGAAAGGGGCUUCCUGCCGACCCGCCCAUGUUCUCACUGACAUAUACUACGCGACCACUGCCGUGAACAUUGUCACGGACUGGGUUACGGCCUUAAUGCCUAUCCCCUUGCUGUGGCAUGUCCAGCUAGACCGCAAUACGAAAGUAUCUAUCAUCGGGCUGAUGGGCUUGGGUAUACUGGCCUCUCUUUCCGCCUGUAUUCGGCUCAAGUACACGGUCAACCUCACCAAUCAAGCCGACUUUCUCUUUGCCGUCGCCAACGUGGUUAUCUGGGGGUUUGCAGAGAACGCUAUCGGUAUGAUCGUCGGCAAUGUCGCUACACUACGUCCACUGUUCCGCAGUUUUUUCGACCGAACGAUCCGCAGCAAAGGAUACGGCAGUCGUUCCCAACGGACUGGUCCUUCGAGAUUCGCCGCCUCAUACGAAUUAUCUGGACACGGAAAGAGUGCCAACAACACUUUCACCACAUCGGUGGUUGAGCGAGGGGUUCAUGGCAAGAGUAGGGACAGCUACAGCCAGCUGAGCGACGGGGACAGCCAGAAGCAAAUUAUUCAAAACGACGGCCGUGGGGAUACUGAUAUCAUGGUCAGUCGGCAGGUGAACAUCACGUACGAGUAG